AAAUAUAUAUAUACAUUUAAAUAAUAUAAAAAUAUAAAAAAAACUAUGCUAUAUGGCUCUUCCACAAACUACUAAAAACUACAAAACACGUUAAAAUAAAAGCUAAAGAUAAAACAGCUCAAUAAAUUAGAUGAAAUUUGUGAGGGGUGAAAGCGCGCCGCUGUAAAGGAAAGGGGCUGGAUUUCUGAGACAAAACGAGGCGAAACGGCACAAUCAUCUCCACUAUGGUUUUAUAUCUAAAAGUUGUAAUUGAAAAUAUAAUUCAGUUAAUCACCCAGCCCUCCCUCCAAGUUCAGCGAUUUAAACAGGACUGAAGAAAACCGAAUACCUGUAGCGUUGUUUUUAAACUGAUUUUGAAAUUCCUGAAAGUGCACCUGUUUUCUUGCUGCUGCUAGAAGCAACAUGUUUGCAGAAGUGGAGCUGAAAGUUAUACGAGGACCGAGGGUAGCUACUAUAUUUUAACGUGAAAACAGAUGGUGCACUCGUUUGUAUUAGUAGUGUGUAAAAUGUAGCGUGAUUUAGCAGUAAAACUAGAGUGUUGUUGACCUAAAGUGUGGCUGGUGACGUGGCAUGAGGCUGCUUGAUUUCCGGUGAGCUCAGAGUGACGGAGCAGCCACGUCUUAACGUCUUAGUGAUGGACGAUGAGGAUCUGGAGUCACUUGGGGAGAAGCUGUAUGAUCUGAUCUAUCCUAAACAUGCAGAUAUGGCUCCAAAACUAACAGGAAUGCUGCUCGAGUUGCCCGGAGCUGUGAUUGGUCAGAUGCUGCAGGAUGAAGCGCUUCUUACCAAAGCACUGGACAGAGCGCUUGCAGCCUUGCAACCUGACAGCAGCAAACCACCGGCAUCAAAGGCUGACGAUGGCAACUCGGUGUCCUCCGACUCUCUGGGCGAACAGCUGUACGAUCUCAUCGACCUCUUCAACACUGGACACACUCAGAAAAUAACAGGCAUGCUAUUGGAGCAGAAAAAGGAGGCGGUGCUCCAGCUGCUGUCAGACCCCACCCUGCUGGAGGAGAAGGUCAAAACGGCCCUGAAAAUUUUAGAAGAUUGUGGGCGGAGCCAGGAGGAGACUGGUGUGAGCGACAGCUUGGAGAAAGAUGAAGCAGAAGCGGUCGGAGAGACUCUUUUUGGACUCGUGCAGGACAUAGAGCCCGUCCGCUGUGCUGACAUCACAGGGAUGCUGUUAGAAAUGGACUCUUCCACACUGCAAAAGAUUCUGUGUGAUCGGGCCAUGCUGGAGCUCGCAGUGCAGCGGGCGAAGAAUGCUCUGGAGGGCACCUUGAGUUGAACAUGGCUGAAGAGCAGGUGAAGAGCAGGUGGAACAUGAAAAGGCAGAACUGCCACGGACAGUUGGUUGUGUUUAUAUGCAGUCAGUAAUCUGAUCGUAAUCAGAUUUCUGCAGUUAUCUGAUUAUUCAAAUGAUACUCCGAUCUAGAAAUCUGAUAGAGGCCACAAAUAAAUAGGCAGUGUUGCCACGAGACGAAGCAAAACACUUUCUGGAGCGGCGCUGAAACCAAGUACAUGCUUGUCGCCAUGAAGCAUUCAAAUGUUCAUCUCGCAGAUGAUGCGCGUUUCUAUGUUCAGGUGAAGUGGUUCAGUGGAAGGUUGCGGCGUGAAGUUUGAGGCUUACGUCGCGGCUUCUUCUGCCAGUCUAUUGGCUGGUUGUGGAGCAGAAAUCUGAUUACUGUCUGACUCCUGUCGACCUGGAGGUUCCCCAUGAUCUGAUUACUCAAGUGCAUGUAGUCGUGUUGGUCGGAUUACUGACACAAUCUGAUUAUCGCCGUUAACGGAUUAUUACGUGCAUGUAAACUCAGUUUCCCAGUCCUGCUCCCUUAGUCGUCUGAACUUUGUGUUUUUCCUGCUCUAAUCAGCACACCAGCGUAUUCCUGAAAACCUUCAUAUGCUUCAAACAGGCAUGUUCGAGUUCCUUUGUCUUAACGCGUGGGGACGGAUACAAAUGCAUCCCCAUGUUUAAACCAUGUGUAGUGGACGAUGAUUAGAUCACAGUGUCCUCGUUUUUCUUCCAGAAUGAUAUUGUAAACACGUUUGGAAGAGUUUAGCACAGAAAGCUACAUUCCUUUUAGUAAACAGACUCGACUUUGCAUGGUUUAAAACUAUUUAGUGUUAUAAACCAUUUUAUUCUGUGGAAUAAUGUUCACUGUUUUAACACUCAAAUAAACAAAGCCCUUCAGCCCUUCAGCUUCCGAAUGGGAGAGAAUCAACAGGCCUGCGUCCUGCGAAGUGCUAAAGAGCUCAAAAAUA